AUGGCGACAAAUGCACCCCUCCUGGGGAACCAGAGCAAGAAGGGCGGGCACUCGAAGGCUUCCAUUUUCUAUGGAGCUGAUGAGUACUUGGAGGAGCUGAAGAAGAAGCACCUCGACUCCCGACAGACUUGGGAACGGCAGGCUUUGAAAUUGCUCAAGGCCGACAAGAUGCUGAAGGUGGAAAAGGACAAUGAGAACAGGAGCUUGAAGACCAAGCGUUUGUUCCCGACCGCCAACAAGCCGGACCCGAUGCCACAGAACUUGGCCUUUUUGUUCACCAAGAUCACUCCUGAGCCCUGGAAUGCAGAAGAGCAGAUGAUGUACAUGUGGAAUGUUUUGACGGCCAUCUUCAUUGGACAGGUGCUCAUGGUGAUCGCUUAUUGUGGGGCCCUGGCCACGCUGCCGGACUACUGGUGGACCUGCACGCUGCUCUUCGGGAUUCCCUUUUCCUACAUUGCGAUCCAGCAGAUCUAUAUCGACCACGAUGUCAUGCACGGGGCCACAUUUCCCGUGUAUGAUUGGCAGAAGUACUUGACCCAUCCUUUUGCAGACUUCUUUUCCCUGCCUUGGGAAGAAUUUGUGUUGGAGCACAACCGCCACCAUGCAAGCACGGUGGACCUCUUGAUCCAGGGAGAGUUCGGUUGGGACCCAGAGGAGUUCCACUACGCCUUGCAGCAGUGGGCAGGACCCUUCAGCACCAACUGGUACAAGUACAUCCUUACUGUUCCAUGGAUCCCUGUUAUUCAUUUCUUUGGCCUGAACGACACUGGUUCCCUUUUUGCCCUGGAGUGGUGGAUGCACUUUCCCGAUGAGGGUGCCGGUGGCAAGUGCAACAAGGAUUUCUGGAACAAGUGGGUGCCUCGGCGUUUGUAUCAUAACGCCUUUGUGGUGACCCUGUGGGCUUUGGUCUGGCUGCUGGGCACCUAUCCCUUGGGCCGACCAUUGAGCGAGGGCUGGAGGUUCAUGUUCACCGUGUCUUUCUUUGCUCGAAUCGGUUUCUCGGCUGCCUGGAUGUUCAUCACGAACUUCACCCAUUCGCUGCCUUGGAACGAGUUCUUGGCACAGGAUCCAGGCCGAACAUGGCCAAUCCUACAUAAUGUGAUGGCCUUGGUCUUGGGCGGCAAGCACCGCUGGAAUGAGAUGUUGUUCCACGAUGUCCACCACGCCUUCCCCAAUGCAGUGGGCACGCUGAGCCAGCGUGGCCGUUUCCACGGCUGGGAGAAGGAGACGCAGAUGCAGAAGACGCAGAAGAAACGCUCUCUCAUGAUGAAGCAGGGCAAGUGA